CAACACCACAAAGCGCAGCGACUCCAAUCCUUGUUGUCGCCUCAUCGUAUCAGCCUCCUUUUCGUUUCAUCGGUCGUCUGUGGCCUGUCAUCUACUCCGUCAUCAUCUCUCUGCCUAGACAUGGCGGCCAUCGAGGCAUCGUCGGGUCUCGAUGACUUUCUCAAGCUAUGCCCAUCACCGCAUACAGUGCAGCGACUCCUCGCCUCAGAUCAACACACGACAGAGGACAAGGCACAAUGCCUCGAAAAGGUGGUGUUGCGCUGCGCAUCUAGCGGAGAUGUCCAUCUACUGGCUUGGAUCCUCGAGGCAAAGAGCUACGUAUCACAACAGCAAUCGGCACAAGGGCCUCCGGGGUCCCAGGCCCUCGCAGUAUUGCGCCUUGAUGAGCUCCGAGAUGAGGACGGCGAAGGCGGAGACAGCGGUACUGAGGCGCCCUUCAUGGGACCACUUUGUCUCGCUGCCAGUUCAGGUCACAUCGACGUAGUCAAGCUUCUCCUCGACUACGGCGUCCCUAUCGAUGAGCAAGAUGGGCUGGGCUGGACCCCGCUUAUGUGGGCCGUCAAUUCUUCCAAUCUGCCCCUUGUCGACUACCUGAUCCGGAGAGGCGCAAAUGUGGAAGCUCGCAGCCACAAGGGUACCACUUGCGAGGACUUCAUCGUCUCCAUUGCGCCAGAGGAAGUUUCGCAGCCUUCCAUGUAUCACUACGCUCCUCGUGCUGCACCAGCAGCUGGACCCUCGAGCCCGCGGUCAAGAGAUCGACAACUCAUCGCCGAUGCAAUCUUCGACCGACUCCAGAUUGCCGCAGCAUACAGCGAAGCUGACCAGAGCAUCGACAACUUCAGCGUCGCCCCUUCUCCUUCAGGUCGAGGAACCCCAUCGACGCCGUCUCGCUCACAUAACCGCGCAGUCUCCAUCGAUUCGACCCCUGCUGCAACACCGCCAAAAGCACGCGGUCACUCCCGCACACUGACCCAUCAAUCCCCAAUGAUGUUCGCGACGACUUCGUCGACUUCUCGGCGUCUGAUCGGCAAAAAUGAGCGUCAUCAAAUCCAAGAAGCCAAUUUGAGGACAAGAGAAGUCGCAGAAGGGAGAGGUAGAGCCUUGCUCGACAUGAGCGUCCUCCUCGACGUUGACUUCUCUUCCCUCGUCGGCGAACCACCGCGUGAAGACCAUGACCACUCAUCUAGCUCCUGGGCCAUCAAGAGACGCAGCAGCAAACAAAAACGCCGCAACCCUCAUCAGCCCAACUCUGCCGCUCAGCGUCGUCGCAACGAUCUCGGUCUUCUUCCUGGAUGCGGUGCCCUUGAAGUGGGCGCUGACCCUCUCUCUGUGGGCUUUGACUUCGAGCAAAUCCUUCCAGACCAGAUGAUGGUAUUUGGGGACGGAGACAUCGACCCGCUACUGGACAUGAUCGUCAGCCACGCCAAACCAGUUCGCGCCCCCUGGAUCGCUCGCGCCGAGCCUGCCAACGCGGUCUUCCUGUGCUUGCGCUACGCUGCUAGCCUAGGAGACGAAGAUCUGCUCAUCAAUAUGCUCUACGCCACUCUUGAAACGGUGGAAGACCUAAGCCGUGCCCGUGAGGGGGACGUGGUGAGCCAGGCCUUCUGGCUAUUUAAUAUGAUGCUCCUCCUCUACUACACACGACGAGACGUGACGCUCAGCCAGCUGCCCAAGAUGAGGGAAGAGGCGCACCUCUUCAUUCAGGACCUGGUCAACGAAAUAGUCGUGGCCAUCAUCAGGGAUGUGGAGCGCCGUAUCUCCAAGGUGCUGGAGGUGGCCCUGCUUGAGCAUGAGGCCAUACCGGGCUUUGAGGAUGUGCGAUUCGAAGGAGAGUGGAACUUGAUCAAGACGCUCAAAGGAAGCGUGAGGGCGAGCACCGGUGGAGGAGGGGCAAAUAGCUUGAGACACAAGGGAUCGGCGAGACGGCCACUCAGUCAAAUCUUCUCGCAAUUCAAGGAGGGGAGUGAGGAGAAUGAGGCCAGGGCAGGGCCGAUGAUGAUGAGCCCGAUGACGGGCAGUAGCUCAAUGCGCGGCGAAUCGUAUGCUAUGAGCGGGCGGCCGCCACCGCAGCCUGGUGCUGCUCUUGGAAGCAGCACUGACUCAAAGCUCUCUGCGGCUGAGCAGCUCAGCCAUCCUACACCGCGGACUGUCACGUCAAUCCUGACGGCGGCGCUGCAUGUGCUUCAGCUCUACGAGAUCAACCCAGCAGUGAUCGUCCAGAUAUUUUCGCAAGUCUUCUACUGGCUGGGCUCGGAGCUGUUCAACAGGGUCCUCACCUCCAAGAAAUAUCUCUGUCGGUCGCGUGCUAUGCAGCUAAAGCUGAACGUCUCCACACUGGAAGACUGGGCGCGCUCUAACGCUCUUCCCCUCGGGAUAGUCACUACCCACUUGGCCCCGGUCAACCAAUUGAUCUCCUGGCUGUCUUGCCACUCGACCCUGCGCGACUUCCCAGCCCUCAUCGCCACUCUGCAAGGUCUGCAUGCUCUUACACCUAUGCAGAUGCGUAGGGCUGUCCGCGACUACCGCUACGAAGUAGGCGAGCCACGCAUGAGCGAGGAGUGUAGGCAGUACUUGGAUCAGCUGGUGGGAGACUGGCAGAGGAGUGUCGAGGUGCAAAGGGAGGCGGAAGAAGAAGGGAGGGCGAGAAGGGAGUUGGAGAGGAUGAGACGGGAGAUCCUGAGGGAGGACGCCAAAGCUGCACUGAGGGAGGCCGGGAAUGGCGAAGAGGAAUCGGUAGAGCGUCAUCACCGCUCCGGGACGACGACGGAGCGUGGUGUCAAUCCAGACAGUCGAUCACCUACACCGCCGCCCAAGGACAAUUUGGGGGCCGACACGAGCGGAAGCACAGUACACAUGUCAUCUUCCCCACAUAUCAUGGGCCGUACAAGUUCCCUUGGACUGGACCUGGGCAGCACUGCCUCUCCUCACGACCUCAAUGGCGCUCGACACAUGGCAGGUCCGCAGCCACCAAGCAAGGAUGGCCUCCCGUCGCCCGCCGACUCAGAGAGCUCCAUCGCUCUCCGAGAUCGUGAGCGAGACGAGGAAGCCUCACGAGCUCAAUCACUCGUCGACUCGCUCUUUCUUCCAGGCAGAUCCAUCGCAGACUUUGUACCUAGUCGUACUACCCUUGGCUCCUCAGCGACGACCACCGCGCCGAUACGGGAGCUGUUCAAGUCGUCAGCGAUGCUGCCCUUUGCGCUGCCUAGCAGUACCGAGGCACUCAUCGUCUCGCCAGGGGAUGCCUUUGGCUUCGGUAGAGGUCAUUUUGCUGGGACUGGUACACCCUCGCUGAGGCAUGUGAGGGGCAAUGCGGGAACGCUCGCUGUGGGCGCUCAGGGAACGCCAGGUGGCAGCGGGCCCGGAUCAAUGACUUCGACGAGGGACUUCCUGCAAGUACCGGGCACGCCAGGCUCAUCGAUAAGCGCAACUCGUCGCGCCUCUAUCGUCGCCUCCUCUCCCACCUCUGGCUCUGCCGCGCAACCCGAGGACAUUGACGACGCCCUGUCCGAAUCGUCGGCCGGCGCUCCCUCAGCCACUUCCACAUCCUCAGCAACAAGCAGCACACUCUUCGCCACCGGACGCGGCUUUGCAGCCGGCGGGUACUGGCAACCUGUUCCUCUCCUGCGGGAUGAAACCUUCGAAGCUUUGGGCGUCAUGAUGCGCAAAGAGGCGGAAAAGCAAUGGAUUGCUCUGGCGAGGAAGAGACGUGCUGCGCUGGCGAGCUUGAGGGAGGAGGGGUUGGCGCUUCCGGAGCAAAGGAGAGGGUCGGGCAUGAGCGCCCGCUCUCCGUCGGGGCAGAUUGACAGGAGGGUGAGUGGUAGCAGGCGGAGGGUAAGCGAGCAGAGCGAGACUGGCGCCCGCUCUGCGUCUGCGAUUACUGGCGACGAUAGCGUGGUCAUCAACAAUAACCGGACGAGCCUGGAUGCAUCUGCGGAGAGUAGCCCCCACCCGCAGCAUGCCGGCUCCCCCCUACUGCUGGACGUCCCGCACUACACGACCCGUCCGACCGCUUUGCAGGCUCAACAUGGCCAGCUCAGGCGGCAACCCUCCUUUACCGGGUCUAGUGGGUCGUUGGGCAGCGAGAGUGAUGAUGAGUCCUACGGCGAGGUGCGCCCGCCCUUAUCCGCUCCUCGCCAGGAGCAGGAGGGAGAAAGGCCUCGCUCCACCUCUCCUCGUAAACAGCUCCUCGCCCUCGGUGGCGCUUUAGCCCGUAAGGCGGCAGACCGGCUCGGUGGGCCUCCUCCCACGCCAGGAUCAGGCGACCCAGACUCGGUGGGCGAAGCCGGUCGGCGAUUACGCAAAGCUGCUAGCCGGCUGUUUGAGCAGCCACUCACCCCUGCGGAUGAAGAGCAACGUCACCGAGAUGCGCUGCUCGCUCAAGCCAAACGGAAGGCCUCUGGCUUCAGUAGUAGAGCGGGACCGCUCAACUUGCCUGCGGCUAGUGCGAGCGGGCAGAGAGGCUGGGUGGGGGAGAUCGAUGAGUAAGGGCAGGAAAAGCCUGCUGGACAGGCGAAAGCUUUACAUGUAUGGUAUUUGUUUGAUGUCACUUCUCGGCCAUGAUAGAUGAUCAGGUGCUUUGCUUUGUAUUCACACUCGUGCAACGGGCCUGUGACAGGAUUGAUGGUAUUGUGUCUAGAAGAGGUGUUGGUACAGCAUGUUGAUGCGCGGCGGUCGUGAGAGGAGAAGAGAGAAGCAGUGAGAGAGGUCAUGAGAAG